AAAAAAAAAGAAAAAAGAAAAAAGGGAAAAAAUAUGGGAAAAAGGGAAAAAAAUGGAGCCCUCUAGGGUUAGGGUUUGACUCCGAAGAAGCAAACGAUGGAUUUUUUGAAUUUGUAGUGAAAAUUACGAGUUGUGGGGGCGAUUGGGGUUUUCCGGCGAUCGAUUUGGGGUUGGAUCUGGGAUUUGGAGUUGGGAUCGUGGAGAUCGGUGCGUGUUUCUAGGGUUUUGGGAGUGCGGGGAUCUCGGAUUGGAGGUGGGGGUGGUUGCCGGGAUGCAGGGCGGGGUUGGAGGACGGAAUCCGGCGGUGGCGCCGCCGGGGAGGUCUUCAACUUCGUCGUCUGCGUCUCCAUCGUCGUCAUCGUCGGCUGUCUCAGCUCCGCCGGCGCAUCUAGGGUUUGAUUCGAUUCAGCAUCAGCAGCAGCAGUUGGGGUUUAGACAGUCAUUGCAGCAGCAGCAGCAGCAACAACAGCAGCAACUAAGAAAGCCUGAAGGAGAUAAUGCCUUCCUUGCUUAUCAAGGUGGUGGUAUGCAUGGAGUUAUGGCUGCUGGCAACUUCCCGUCAUCAUCUAGUGCUGUUCCUCUUUCACAACCUUCAAGGAAGUUUAAUGAUUUACCUCAUCAACAAGUGCCUCCUCAGCUCCGAGAGGAAAACCAGAACAAAGGGCAAGGCCUGGAACAACAUGGUCAGAACCCAAUUCAUCAACCUUACAUCCAAUUUGCUCUGCAGGCUGCACAGCACAAGCCCCAUGGGAAUCUGCUGGCACAACAAGGAAAAAUUGGCAUGGGUGGGCCACCAGUGAGGGAACAAGAUCUGCGUCAAAAUAGUAUGAAAAUACAGGAACUCAUGGCGCUGCAGGCGGCCAACCAGGCACAGAUGUCCUUGUUUAAGAAAUCUGUUGAAAAUUCAGGGCAGGGUGAGAAUAAGAUGGAACAGGGUUCUACCAGUAUUGAUCAACGAAAUGAGAUAAAGCCUCCGCAGAUAGCUGCACUUGGCCAAUCACUAUCAUCUAACAUGAUAAGACCUGUUCAACAGUCACAAGUGAACAUUCAAAAUAUAGCCAACAAUCAGCUGAUGCAGCAAUUGCGAUUGAUGCAUAAUUGGGCUCAGGAACAUAAUAUUGAUCUCUCUGUUCCUGGAAAUAUGAAUGUUGUUGCUCAAAUGAUGCCGGCUUGGCAUGCUGCUAGAUUGCAAGCAAUGCAGAAGUCAAGUGAAGCAAGCGCUCCUGCAUCACAGUCUGGUCUGCCUCCAUCAAAGCCACAGUUUAUCCCAUCCCCAGUUAAUGUUGAAAAUUCAGCUCAUGGGAAUUCCUUAAAUGAUCUUUCUGCGCAGAUGGGGCCUGUAAAGAGCCCAAAGCUAAUUCCUUCAGGGUCACCAUCAAGUAGUGGGGCUACUCCUGCAGGGAAUUUUAAUAAUUUACAAAUGCAGCAGCAGCAGCAACUUGCCGGUCGUAGUAGGGAGAACCAGAAUGAAAGAGCUGCGAGGCCUCCAAUCGCAACUGGAAAUGGAGGACCGACUAUGCAUAUGCCACAAUCAUCUGGGAGCAUGACACAGGGUGCAGACCUUUCACAAUCAAAAAAUAUAAUUACCGGACCCAGUCCUGGGCCUGGGCCUGAAACCCUGCAAAUGCAAUACUUCAGGUCUUUGCAGCAGAACCGUGCUAUGUCUCAAGCUGCUAUUCCUUCCAGUGAGGUUCCUGGAAACUCAGCACCGGCCCAUACUGGAUCAUCCCAGAUACCACCCCAGCGUGCAGGAAUUGGGUUUACAAAGCAGCAGCUCCAUGUCCUUAAAGCGCAAAUAUUAGCAUUUAGGCGCCUAAAGCGUGGAGAGCGCAACCUUCCCCAAGAAGUUCUUCAAGCCAUUGUUCCACCACCAAUUGAUUUACAGCCACAGCAGAUGUUUGUUACUCCAGGAAUGGUUAACCAGGAAAGGCCUUUGGCAAGUGCUGCUGAAGAGCACACAAGACAUGUAGAGACCACUGAGAAGGUCCCAGUGGGCACCUCUUCCAGCAAAAGUCAUAGUUCACCAAAGGAGGAGCCCUUGAGUGUGGAAGAGAAGGCAGUCAUGGUUACUCACAUGCAAGGAGUUGCUGGUUCAAGAAAAGAACCUAUGCAAAUUGGAUCAGUUGGAAAGGUAGAGCAGACUGGUGCCACUUUGGCCAAAUCUGAGCAGGAGGCUGAACGGGGAAAUCUGAAGUUGCCCAGCAAAGUUGAUUAUAAUCCUGAAAAGGGAAAGUCUGUUCCCGCACAAGCUCCUGGUGUUCCAGUGGUAAGCACCAAUGUUGAUGCAGGGCAAACAAGGAAGCCUGCAUCCACUGGAAGUGCACCAGUUCCAAAGGACAUUGGUACAAGGAAGUAUCAUGGCCCACUUUUUGAUUUUCCAUUCUUUACCAGAAGGCAUGACUCCUUGGGGGCAAUGGUGGCAAACAAUUCGAGCAACCUUAUUUUAGCAUAUGACAUGAAAGAUCUGCUAUUUGAGGAAGGCAUGGAUGUGCUUAACAAGAAAAGGACAGAAAAUUUGAGAAAGAUCAGUGGUUUACUUGCUGUUAACUUAGAGCGAAAAAGGAUUAGGCCUGAUCUUGUUUUACGACUGCAAAUAGAAGAAAGAAAGCUCCGACUUUUAGAUUUUCAGGCUCGUCUGAGAGAUGAAGUUGAUCAGCAACAGCAGGAGAUAAUGGCAAUGCCUGAUAGACCAUAUAGGAAGUUCGUUAGGCAGUGUGAAAGACAAAGGAUUGAGCUUGCAAGGCAGGUUCAACAGUUACAGAAGGCCACUAGAGAGAAGCAACUGAAAUCCAUCUUUCAGUGGCGAAAGAAGCUUUUGGAGGCUCAUUGGGCUAUUCGAGAUGCACGGACUGCUCGCAACCGAGGAGUUGCAAAAUAUCAUGAAAGAAUGCUAAGGGAAUUUUCGAAAAGAAAGGAUGAAGAUAGAACUAAAAGAAUGGAAGCAUUGAAGAACAAUGAUGUGGAUAGAUAUCGUGAAAUGUUGCUUGAACAACAGACAAAUAUUCCUGGUGAUGCAGCACAACGAUAUUCUGUUCUCUCUUCUUUUCUAUCCCAGACAGAAGAGUAUCUUCACAAACUUGGAGGAAAAAUAACAGCAGCAAAGAAUCAUCAAGAGGUGGAAGAAGCAGCAAAUGCUGCUGCAGCCGCUGCUCGAUCCCAGGGUCUUUCAGAAGAAGAAAUCAAGGCUGCAGCUGCAUGUGCAGGGGAGGAGGUGAUGAUUAGAAAUAGGUUUUCUGAAAUGAAUGCACCAAAAGAAAGCUCAUCGGUCAACAAGUACUACAACCUUGCUCAUGCGGUAAAUGAGAGAGUUAUCAGGCAGCCCUCAAUGUUGCGAGCUGGAACAUUAAGAGACUAUCAGAUUGUUGGAUUGCAAUGGAUGCUUUCCUUGUACAACAACAAGCUGAAUGGUAUUUUGGCAGAUGAGAUGGGUCUUGGAAAGACUGUACAGGUGAUGGCUGUGAUUGCUUACUUGAUGGAAUUCAAGGGGAACUAUGGGCCACAUCUCAUAAUAGUUCCAAAUGCCGUCUUAGUAAAUUGGAAGAGCGAGCUGCUUAACUGGCUUCCUUCUGUGUCAUGCAUCUUUUAUGUUGGUAGCAAGGAUCAAAGAUCAAAGCUGUUUUCUCAUGAAGUUAGUGCUGUAAAGUUUAAUGUCCUCGUAACAACUUAUGAGUUUAUCAUGUAUGAUCGCUCAAAGCUAUCAAAAAUUGAUUGGAAAUACAUCAUCAUUGAUGAAGCCCAGCGUAUGAAGGAUAGGGAGUCUGUUUUGGCACGUGAUCUUGACAGGUACCGUUGCCAGAGACGGUUGCUUCUCACUGGGACUCCAUUGCAGAAUGAUUUGAAGGAACUUUGGUCUUUAUUGAAUCUACUCCUGCCAGAAGUUUUUGAUAAUCGCAAAGCAUUUCAUGAUUGGUUCUCAAAGCCCUUCCAGAAGGAUGGUCCCUCACAUAAUCCAGAGGAGGAUGAUUGGCUGGAAACUGAAAAGAAGGUGAUUAUAAUCCACCGGCUUCAUCAAAUUCUGGAGCCUUUUAUGUUGAGGCGGCGUGUUGAAGAUGUGGAGGGUUCACUUCCACGGAAGGUCUCCACUGUCCUGCGGUGUAGAAUGUCUGCUAUGCAGAGUUGCAUCUAUGAUUGGAUUAAAUCUACCGGCACUAUUAGGGUUGAUCCUGAGGAUGAGAUGCGUAGAGUUCAGAAGAACCCUAUGUACCAGGUCAAGAUAUAUAAGAAUCUUAAUAAUAAAUGUAUGGAGCUGCGGAAGGUUUGCAACCAUCCUUUGCUUAACUACCCAUAUUUUAAUGAGUAUUCCAAAGACUUCAUUAUUAGGUCUUGUGGGAAGCUUUGGAUCCUUGAUCGAAUUCUCAUAAAACUUCAGAGGGCAGGGCAUCGUGUUCUUCUUUUCAGUACCAUGACAAAACUUCUUGAUAUAUUAGAGGAAUAUUUGCAAUGGAGGCGGCUUGUGUAUAGAAGAAUUGAUGGUACAACCAGUCUCGAGGAUCGGGAGUCAGCGAUAGUGGAUUUUAACAGUCCGAAUUCAGACUGUUUCAUUUUCUUGCUCAGUAUUCGGGCUGCUGGAAGAGGCUUAAAUCUUCAGACCGCUGACACAGUCGUGAUAUACGAUCCAGAUCCAAAUCCACAAAAUGAAGAGCAAGCAGUGGCUAGGGCUCAUCGAAUUGGACAACAGAGAGAGGUGAAAGUCAUAUACAUGGAAGCUGUUGUUGACAAAAUUCCCAGUUAUCAAAAGGAAGAUGAUCUGAGGAAUGGAGGUACAGGAGACAUAGAGGAGGAUGACCUAGCUGGCAAAGAUAGGUAUAUGGGAUCCAUUGAGAGCCUUAUACGUAACAACAUCCAACAAUAUAAGAUUGAUAUGGCGGAUGAGGUCAUAAAUGCUGGUCGUUUUGAUCAAAGGACAACGCAUGAAGAAAGAAGGCUGACGUUAGAGACUCUACUCCAUGACGAUGAGAGAUACCAAGAAACUGUUCAUGAUGUUCCUUCCCUGCAAGAAGUUAAUCGCAUGAUUGCCCGUAGUGAAGAAGAAAUAGAAUUGUUUGAUCAAAUGGAUGAGGAGUUUGAUUGGACUGGGGAAAUGAUGAAAUACAACCAAGUUCCCAAGUGGCUUCGUGCUGGUUCUCGAGAAGUAAAUGGAACCAUUGCAAAUUUAUCUAAGAAACCAUCAAAGAACCUUUUGGCUUCCAAUAUUAAUUUGGAUACUGAUGAACUAUUUUCUGGAUUAUCGCCUAGUAGAACAGAGAGAAGAAGGGGGCGGACUAGAGCUCCACAAACAGGUAAAUAUUCUAUUUAUAGAGAAUUGGAAGAUGAAGAUGGUGAGAAUUCUGAUGCUAGCUCGGAGGAGAGGAAUGCAUAUUCAUUGCAUGAAGAAGAGGGGGAAAUAGGUGAAUUUGAAGAUGAGGAAUUUAAUGGUGCUGUUGAUGCAAUGCCUGGUAAUAAAGAUCAAUCGGAAGAGGAAGGGCCAAUUUGUGAUGGUGGUAGCUUUGAGUUACCUCGAGCAAUAGAACGCAACAGAAGUAGUCAUCUAUUCGAAGAAGCUGGUUCUUCAGGUUCAUCUUCUGGAAAUCGAAGAACACAUCAGCCUUCUACUCCUUUGUCUUCACAGAAAUUUGGAUCACUUUCUGCUCUGGAUGCCAGACCUGGUCCUCUUUCAAGAAGCAUGCCAGAUGAUCUAGAAGAAGGGGAAAUUGCGGCAUCUGGGGAUUCCCACAUGGAUCUUCAACAAUCAGGAAGUUGGAAUCAUGAGCGUGAUGAUAAUGAAGAGGAGCAGGUUCUGCAGCCACCAACCAUAAAGCGCAAACGCAGUGUACGCAUUCGACCCCGAUAUAAUGUAGAGAAGCUUGAAGAAAAAUCCACCAAUGAGAGGGUGCUUCCUCCGCGAGCAUCAAUGAGGGGGAGCCUUGAUUAUGAUACACAGUUUAGGGCUGAACCGGAAAUUGAGCCUUCAAGUGAACCUGUUUCAGAUAGGCGUGAUACAAGAACUUCAUCAUUGAAACAGAAACGGAAUUUACCAUCAAAAAAGUCUUCAAAUGCCAUGAUGCCACAACAUGCCAGCAGGUUGGGCUACUUAUCUGGGUCUACAGAAGAUGCUAAUGAACCUAAUAGGGGUAGCUGGAAUGGUAGGACUAUGAAUACUGGUCUCAGUUUUGCUGGUGCAAAAAUGUCAGACAGUAUGCAAAGGAAGUAUAAAAAUGUUAUUAGCAAGCUCCAGAGGAGAAUAGAUAAAGAUGGUCAUCAGGUUGCACCUGUUCUAUCUGAUUGGUGGAAGAGGAAUUCAUCAUCAAUUACUGAUGAUCUGUUAGAUUUGCAAAAAAUUGAUCAGCGAGUGGACGGUUUGGAGUAUGAUGGUGUGCCAGAUUUCAUUGCUGAUGUGCAAUUAAUGUUGAAAAAUGUUGUCCAGUGCUGUGGUUACUCGCAUGAGGCAAGGUACGAAGCCAGAAAACUCAACGACGUUUUUCUCGAUAUCAUGAAGAUCGCUUUCCCAGGCACAGACUACCGAGAAGCAAGAAACUCAUUCAUGUCCUCUGUGCCGGGAGGACCAGCAACUAUUGUUCCAUCUCCAAAACAAAGCAAACAUCCCAACUCGUUUGGCGAAGUGGAACCAAACUCGGUCUCUGCCAGGUCCACAAACUGUGGUCUGGCACCACCUGAUGAAGAUGGCCGGACCCGCGGUCAUGCAUCCAAGUUAAGGGAAUCUGGUGGUGGCUCCGCGAGUGGAAGUGCCCACAACCCACUCCUCCUGGCACAUCCAGGUGAGCUGGUAAUCUGCAAAAAGAAGAGGAAAGACAGGGACAAGACGAUGGCAAAGCAGCGAAUGGGACAGGUCUCUCCAUCAAAUCCAGCCAGAGCAGGACCAUUAUCUCCAUCGGUCCCGGGGAGGGCGGUGGCACCUGCAUCCCCGAUGAGCCGCGGCGGUCUUCGGGUCCCUCCACUCCACAACAAAGACACACAUCCUUCCCAACAAUCUAUACAUCCAAGUGGAUGGGGGCAUCAACAAGCAUCACAGCAGCAGCAACAACAGGUGAGUGGUGGGUCAGCAGGGGGUUCCCCAAAUGUGGCAGAGGUACAAUGGGCUAAACCUGCAAAGAAAUUGAGGACGGAUACUGGGAAAAGGAGGCCUAGUCAUUUGUGAUUGUGAGGGUUGGAUAGUGUCUGUGUACAUAUAAAAA